GCGGGACAACACGCGUCGUCCUCAUGGCCGUCACCCACUCGCGGCGGCGGAACGGAAAAAUAGACAACGCCUACGCUGCCCACGCCGUAACGGUGGGGAAAAACGUCUCAGCCGGAAAGCGAUACCUUCGAUGCCAUGAGAAAAUACGACACCCGCAUGGAUUCGAUGUCAUAAUCCGACUCCGGUGGUUAUCGCGCAGGCGAACUGCGGAAAAUCCUAAUUACAUUAUAUGUACUGUGAAAAAUAAUUUUGCUCUUGACUACAGAUAUUCGACAUUCGUUUUUGUUUGGAGGAUUAAUAUGAAAAUGGUACCUAUGACUGGCCUAAUUUUGAAUGAACACGAAGGCGAAGUUCAUGACGCUGAACUAGAUUAUUAUGGUCAACGUUUAGCUACAUGCUCUAGUGAUAAAACAAUCAAAAUUUAUAGUAUAAACAAUGGUAACAAAACUUUAUUGGCCAACAUUAAGGGUCAUCACGGACCUGUGUGGCAAAUUUGUUGGUCCCAUCCAGUAUCUGGACAUUUAUUAGCCUCUUGUUCUUACGAUAAACGUGUUGUUGUAUGGAAAGAAUCAAAUGAUUGGUUUAAUAUAUUUGAAUUUACUCAUGAAUCUUCAGUUAAUGCUGUUGCAUGGGCACCCCAUCAACAUGGCACAAUUUUAGCGAGUGCGAGUUCAGAUGGGUCUGUUGGAGUGCAUGUGUUCAACAAAGAAUGGUCUUCUAAGUCAUUUAGUGCCCACCAUAAUGGAUGUAAUACUGUAGCUUGGGCUCCAUACAAAGAAUUACUAUUUGGAUCUGAUCAAACAGACUUUGGUAAAAAGUUAGUAUUAGCAAGUGGUGGCUGCGAUAAUUUAGUGAAGAUAUGGACUGUUGAAAAUGAUCAAUGGGUGCAAGUUGGUGAAAUAAAUUGUCACACAGAUUGGGUUCGUGAUGUGGCUUGGACGUGUACUAUUGGUGAUAAUCGACAAUUAAUUGCAAGUUGUUCUGAAGAUAAGACUGUUGUAGUGUCACAUAGCGAUGAUUAUUCCAAAUGGUCUUCUGUAAGAAUGCAUUUGUUUGAUAGCCGUGUUUGGACUGUAAGCUGGUCAAAAAUUGGGAAUGUACUUGCAGUAUCUGCUGAAACUAAUAAAGUAUCAUUAUGGAAAGAGAAUACAAUUGGUCAUUGGAUCAGUUGCAGUGAUAUUGAUGAUACUAAAGGAGUGGAAGAUUAAAUAUUUAUUUUACUAUUUUUACUUUUAAAUGUUUUGAAAUAUUUUGUAAUAAAAAUUUUGUACAAAAAAUUUGCUAAAUGGGAAUUAAAUAAUCGAAUAUUAGGUAUUGUUUUUUGUCAUUGAAAAAAAAUAAAUGUAAUUGUAACUAUGGAAUAUAAAGUAUUAUCAUUUUUUAAUAUUGUCUGUGGAUGUUUAAUUAGAUUCAAAUGUAAUAUAUGAUUUAGAUGUAUCUACUGUAUGUGGUCAUAUAAUUUUAUAAUUCAAUAUAAUAAAUAAUAAUCAACCA